AGGUAAGGACAGGGUCUGCGAGCGAGACGGCGAUAUACGCGGCGGUGGAGCGCGAGAGCAGGACAAGGUAAAGCGAGAGGAAGGAGAGGAGGAGGAGGAGGUAACACGGAACGGAGGGCGGGAGAGGGAGCGAAACGGGCGGGCAGAGAUAGAGAGAGGUGUAUACAACGAGAGGGAGCGAGUUGCGCGCGGCUGCGUCAUGUUCUCAACGAACUGGGUCAGUAGGUCUCCCCACCGCGCUCUGCGUCGCACAUCUACCGGCACGUAUACACACAGGCGGGCGCUAGUGCACCGUCGGGGAGUGCCAACGGCGUUACUGUUGACCCAGCCGAGGCGCUCGUACGUAGCCCGUGUGACGCUUCCACCAGCCGCCGCUGCGCUUCUUGCCCGCCGAUAUACACCCGCCGGCGUCUCUCUCCCGUGCACUUUGAAAGCAAGAGUCACUCUUGGCGCGCGCGCGAUCACUGCUUCUCUCUCUCUCUCUCUCUCUCUCUCUUACACACACACUCUUUCUGUAUCUCUCUCUCUCUCUCUCUCGUUCUCCGCCUUUCGCCCGCGCGCCUCGACUCCGGCAGAAGAAGCAGUGAGUCGAAAAGAAGAGAGAGAAAAAAAAGAAGAGGCUCGAGUCCUGGCCGAUACGUCGUCGUCGGGAGCGUCUUACGUCACUCUCGCAGGACCGGUCGCUUUCUCGUCGUUCGGCGUGACCGCCGCAUAUUUUGCCGAUCGCCCGAAAACUCCCUCGUCUUCUCUCCUUGCUCUCUAUCGUUUCAUUCGCAACGUCGGCGAGCAUUCUCGAGAUUCGUUCUCUCGCUCGCGCAUCGCCGAAGAUCCACCGGUGUUGUGUCAGGGUGGUGACAGCGGGUGCGUUUCCAAACGUGGUACGGUGGUAGACGCGAAUCGUCAACGUGUAACGUCCGACGGGCAGAGCGUGCGCGCGAGCGACGCGUCACAAGCCGACGACGCGCUCGUGUACGCGCUCGCGGACAAUAUUUCUCCGGCCGACAUAGACCUGGUUCCGUAAGUAGGUCAUCCCCCGCCACCUCGGUCGCGCAACCUCCUUCUCGCCGGCCCCUCCACCGGAGUACCUUCGACCGCGGCAAUACCGCCCGCUCUCGCUCCUGUCCCCUCCCCUCCCCCUCUUCACCGCAACCGCGUGCUACUCCCCCCCUUCCGCGGAGCGGACCUCUCAGGCGGGCACCUCCACUCCGCGUCGGGUACCUGGCCGCGCGCGGUGGCAUGCGCUGCUGAAUCACUUUCACUUAUGCCGUGCGCUGUGUUGGUUAUACUCCGCGCGCGCGUCUCGCUCACUCGCUGCCAUCGUCGGUGCCCUCUCUCUCUCUCUCUCUCUCCUCUUUCGCAUUCUCUCACUCACUCACUCUACCUUUUAUCUCUCUCUCUCUCUCUCGGCUCCAACGCAGCCCGCGUCGGUAAAGGGACACACGCGCGUUCUCUCCUCUAUACCUACCGAAACGCCGAAGGAGCUUGACAGUAGCGCGCGCCUCGGCACCAUUCUCCGCGCACAGUUUCGUUUAAUUUCCCGAGCACCGUCCUUGUCGUCGUCGUUAUCGUCGUAAAAACGUCACAGUGUGCGAUCGUGGCAGCGCGCGCGCGCGCGGCGAAAGUCGCCGCAUCGGAUUUCGGCAAGUGCGCCCGUGCUUCUCGGCGUGCGGCGCCGCGUAUUAUCGCCGCGACGGGAGUGCGCGCGACGGAAGAGGACAACAGAGCGUGUCGUGGUCUCGUCGUCGUCGAUCCGGCGUGCACCCGGACGUCGUCGGUUCGUGGCCCCGUCGUUGACAAACGUUGUUGCCGCGGCGAUACGUCACACGUAUGCCGUGUCCCGCGAAGGCGGUCUCUACCUACCUACCUACUCCAUGUGCCGUCGGUAGGGCAGCGGAGGGGAGGGGGCGGGCCCUUCGGGAAAGCAACGAGCCGAGAAGACAACUAGUCGUACGCAGAUAGGCGAGCUGUCAGGUCACGUGGCCCGGCUCCUUGUCGAUCGCAAGCGCGCAUCCACUCGCUUUGCUCUGCGCUUAGACCAGGCUCGCAGCUCGCUCUCACUGGUGGUGCGCGCGUUAUCUGGAUUGCAGUGCGGGGAAGAGUCUCGUCCGUCGUCCUCGUGUGUACUCUCUCACUCUCUCUCCCGAGUUGGCGACUCGUCCUUUUUUUUUUUUUUUUCUUGGACUCGUCUGUAGUACACAUCCCCUGCGUUAUCUGAUACGCGUCUUGCGAGUUCGAGGUUAUAGACAGACGACACUACGGGGGCUACGUCGUGAACGUGCGCGUGUGUGUGUGAGAGACGCGACGACGCGCGUGUUGUUGACAAUCGCCGUGCACGGGCCGCGCGUGUCCGUCCAUCUGUCCUGUCACUCGGUGCUACUCGCCGGUGAUAAUCGCGUAUUCCUCCGCCUCCGUUCUCGCGGACGAACGUGUUAACCAUACGCGCCACACCGCGUCCGCAUUGUGCUCGACGACGACAGCAGCAGCAGCGACGUUGGAUUGCAGUGUGAACGACAGGGAAAGGAGGUCUCAGAUCUUUCUCUCUCUCUCUUUCUUUCUCUUUCUCUCUCUCUCUCUCUCUCUUUCUCUUUAGAAGGGUACUUACUGCUCCGCGGUGUGUCGUACGAUUAUCGCCGUUUUGACAGCGGCGAGUGUCACUUUCGCUCGAACGUCGUCGGCCGCCACCGCGAUAUCGACGACUCUGAUCAUGCCUCGAACGUAGUCGCGGGUGUGCGCGCGACUUCCCAUUCGACGGGGCUCGUGUGGUAGCCCCCGCGUGUUCUGUCGGCAACGUGUACGCGCGCGUACGCGUUUUGGUGGGUGCGCGAUGGUUUUCCUCGACAAAUGUGUGCCAGAGAGCGUGACUGGUGAUCGAUAAUCUACGUGGAACCAAGAGAGUGUGUAUGUGUGUGCGUGCGUGCGUGUGUGGCCCCUCUCGUUACACGCUACUUUGUUCCUUCCUUCUCGGAUUGUGCCCUUGAUAUAUCGUCACCGUCGUCGUCGUCGUCGUCGACAUCAUCGUCGUCGUCGUCGUCGUCGCUUAGGUGUUCUGUCAUCGGCGUCGUUGUCAUCAUCGGUAAAAAAGCGACGGUCCGCAGGAUCGGAACGUCAACAACAGUGGGUCGGGCCGCGUUUCAUGGACGGUUUUAACAGCACGGUAACGCAGCCGACGUACCGUUGCUGCGUCCUCGUCGAUCGGCGAUCGGAACGGCCGAGAGCGAAGCGACGUGACAGCACGAACGAGCGUACACGGACGACAGGGGAAGAGAGAACGGUGCUCUCGUGCCGUCGUCCUCCUCGUCGUCGACGUCGUCGUCGUCACCAUCAUCAUCGUCAUCAUCAUCAUCAUCAUCAUCAUCAUCAUCAGCGGCCACAUCCGGCAGCGUAACAUAGUCGUUUCAUGCAUGCGCCGGUACGCGAGCACCACCACCACGUCCCUUCGUCGUGCGGUACUUGCGCAAGGGUGAUAUGUUAUUGGAGAUGGAGCAGCAUUCGGCCUUGAUGUCCCUGAACAUGUCGCCGUUCCACUUGAGCCCGCAAGGCAGCCCGCAGGCCGCCGGGCAACAGCCUCCUCCUCCUCCGCAGCAGCAGCAGCCACAACAGCAACAACAGCCGCAUUACGGCUCGUCACCUUACGGCAAUUGCGCGCAGAACUCGCCGUCGCCCAUGUGCCACUCGCAGCCCCAGUCGCAGCAGCAACAAAUGUCCGCGCACAAUCCGGCACAGUCGCAGGGCGGUAUCUCGGGUUUCGAGGCCGCCUUCUUCGACUCCACCACCUCCCUCGAGGAGCGAUGCCCGAUGUGCGGCGACAAAAUGUCCGGUUAUCAGUACGGGCUGCUCACGUGCGAAUCUUGCAAAGGUUUCUUCAAACGCAACAGUUCGCCGUGCAGCAGCAAGAGGGUUUACGCGUGCUUGUUUUCGCCCACGGGUGGCGGCGGCGGCGGUGGCGGCGGCGGCGGCGGCGGUGGUAGCAAUAGUAACAACGGCGGCAACGGCGGUAACGGUAUCUGCGGUGCGUCUUCGGCUCUCGAGAGCAACGCCUGCGGCAACAAGAAGGUGUACACGUGCUUGUUCUCGUCAACAGGAGCCGGAAGCAGCAACGGAGCCGGCGCGUCCACCGGUCUCGACGGCAACGGUGGCGGCGGUUACGCCGGCGGCAGCGGUGGUAGCGGCGGCGGGGCGAGCACUGCCGCCGGUGGCGGUGGACCCGGCGCGGCGGGCAAUGCCGCCGGUGGGCCCGGCGCGGGAAGCGGCAACGUCGCGGUACCGACCGCCGGCGCCGGUACCCUCUGCCAUCCUGGCUUGAGCCAGGUCGGUGUCGGCGUCGUGACCGGCUCGAUACCGUGCCCGUCCGACUUCCCCGACACGAAGGACAUCGUCAUCGAAGAGCUGUGUCCGGUGUGCGGGGACAAAGUGUCCGGCUAUCACUACGGACUGCUCACCUGCGAGUCCUGCAAGGGCUUCUUCAAGCGCACCGUCCAGAACAAGAAGGUGUACACGUGCGUCGCCGAGCGGUCCUGUCACAUCGACAAGACGCAGCGCAAGCGGUGUCCCUUCUGUCGCUUCCAGAAAUGCCUCGACGUCGGCAUGAAGCUCGAGGCUGUACGGGCGGACCGGAUGCGAGGCGGUAGGAACAAAUUCGGGCCCAUGUACAAGCGGGAUCGUGCGCGGAAGUUGCAACUGAUGCGGCAGCGGCAAAUGGCGCUGCAAACGAUACGCGGCAAUCUCGACCCGAGCUACUCGUCCACGGUGACGCCAUUAUUGCACAUCAAGCAGGAGAUCCAAAUACCUCAGGUCUCGAGUCUGACCUCCUCGCCGGAUUCGAGUCCGUCCCCCGCGGCCGUGGCCGCGGGACUGGUGACGACGCAGGCCGGUAACGGUGCCGGUCAACACCAGCUGAUCGCACCGUCCACCCAACCGAGCAUCGCCGGCGGCAGCGGUAGCGGCGGUGGCGGCAGCGGCGGCGGCGGCGGCGGAGGAGGUGGAGGAGGCGGCGGCGGCGGCGUGGACAACAAGUUGUGGGCCGCGAACUCCACCACCCCCGGUACAAAGGCCUUCAACUUCGGCGAGCAGUCCACGCAGCAGUCCCACGGCAGUGCCGCGAGCACCGCGGGCAUCAACCCUUCGAUCGCUCUGAAAACUAGUCCGAUGAUAAGAGACUUCGUGCAGGCGCUCGACGACCGCGAGUGGCAGACGUCCCUCUUCGCACUCCUGCAAAACCAAACGUACAAUCAGUGUGAAGUGGACUUGUUCGAAUUAAUGUGCAAAGUGCUCGACCAGAAUCUGUUCGCGCAGGUGGACUGGGCUAGGAAUUCGAUAUUCUUCAAGGAUCUCAAGGUUGACGAUCAAAUGAAGCUACUGCAACACUCUUGGUCGGAUAUGUUAGUACUGGACCACCUUCAUCACAGGUUACACAAUAACCUACCUGACGAGACGACACUUCACAAUGGCCAAAAGUUUGAUCUCCUUUGCCUCGGCCUACUUGGAGUUCCUAGUUUGGCGGAUCUUUUCAACGAUCUGUCUAAGAAACUUCAGGAACUAAAAUUCGACCUCUCCGAUUACGUUUGCAUGAAAUUCCUAAUGCUGCUGAAUCACGAGGUUCGUGGGCUAGUAAACAAGAAGCAUGUGCAAGAAGGGCACGAGCAAGUUCAACGGGCGCUUAUGGAUUACUCGAUACAUUGUUACCCAGCUCUACCGGAUAAAUUCAACAAGCUGCUAGCAGUAUUACCAGAAAUCCACGUGGUGGCAAGCAGGGGAGAGGACCAUCUCUAUCACAAACAUUGUAACGGAGGUGCACCUACGCAAACACUCCUCAUGGAGAUGCUUCACGCCAAGAGAAAAUGAAACGAUCGGUUUCUCCUGGUAACUUUUGCCAUCGAAUAGUACGAAACUACACACACACACACACACACGCAUACACACACAGACACACAUUAUAUACACGUAACAUGCAUACAUACAUAUAUAAUAUAUCGAAAGUCUUGUUAGCGCCCCUAAUCGGGAGACAGAGUGGACCUCAAAGUACCUAUUAAGAGCUAACGCUGCUAAGGUAUCGGACCAAGUAAAGGGGCAUUGGUUCAAUAAAUACCUAUGCAUACAAAUAAAGAGUAUAGACGUAUAUAUACUUUACAUAUAUUACAUAUAUAUGUAUUAUAUAAAGUGUAUCUAAAUAUAUAAACACAAUGACAUAUAUUUUCUAUAUUUGAUGUUGAAGUUUUAGAGAUGUAUCCGUGGAGAAACACCCCUGUUGGUGGGUACAAGCGCAGGGAAACAGUAAGCAAGAUGCCUUGAAAACAGUACAAAGGGU